AUGAUAAGAAUCAUGUCGAAAGAGAGCGAUGUGCUCCACGGCACGACUGAGAAUCUUGCUGAUCUGGCACGUUCGCUGGUUGCUCGUGCUUUGGACUGCUUCGACCCGACAUAUGGAUUCUCAACCGCGAGCUGUCAGUUAUACGACACAGCUUGGGUAUCGAUGAUAUGCAAGACCACCAACGGGGAGAAGCAAUGGCUAUUCCCAGAAGCCUUCCACUACCUCAUGCGAACUCAAGAUACCUGGGCCAUCGACAACGUAUCCCAGACCGUAGCAAUUCUAGACUCAUCAGCAGGUCUACUGGCGCUCUUGAAACACGCAGCUGAGCCCUUGCAGAUCGAUCAAUACAGCACACAAGAGAUUUCCGAGCGCAUAGCCCUCGCAACAAUAUCACUUGCCUCUCAACUCGAAGCCUGGAACGAUAUCGAAAGCACCAAUCAUAUCGGCGUGGAAAUUAUCGCUCCUGCGAUGCUUCAAUAUCUCAAAGAUGAAGAUCCAUCCCUCACCUUCUCCUUUCCCUGCGAGGAUUUACUUGCACGUAUGCAUGCCGCCAAAAUGUCUCGUUUCCGGAUUGAGAUGUUGUACGGCAAAUCGAUAUCCCCUGCGUCUUAUUCWCUCGAAGCUUUCAUCGGGAAGAUCGACUUUGAUUUGGUGCAGGGCCAACAAAUGAACGGAUCCAUGUGGACCUCGCCGUCAUCGACUGCAGCCUAUUUAAUGAAUGCCAGUACUUGGAGUACCGAAGCCGAGGACUGGCUGCGGCAUGUUGUCAAUGCGGGAGAGGGUCGUGGCGAUGGUAGCGUGCCGGGUACCUUUCCAACCCAUCAGUUCGAGCUCAAUUGGGCAGUGGCAACUCUUUUACAAAGCGGCUUCCGAUUGUCUAACUUUGACGAAAUGGAUCUGACAAGAGUUGCGGAAAUUGUCCGGGCUGGAUUCGCUGCGGAUGGUGGUGUAAUAGGUCACGCUCCAGGCACCGUCGAUGUGGACGACACAGCAAAGGGGCUUCUUGCACUGAAACUUCUCGGUCAAGAACGUGACAUUUCACCAGAUAUCAUGAUCCGAUUGUUUGAAAAGAAAGAUGCCUUUGGUACCAUGGCGGCCGAGCGAGAUCGAAGUGUCAGCUCCAAUUGCCAUGUACUGCUUGCACUUCUGGCAUGGAAUGACUAUUCGCGUUACGGAUCGCAGAUUCGCAAAGCGGCAAGUUUCACGUGCGAAUACUGGUGGAAUGCAAAUGGACGAUUCAAGGAUAAAUGGCAUUUGAGCCRCCUUUACCCGACCAUGCUGAUGGUAAAAGGAUUCACCAUUCUGCUUCGCGAUGUGGAUGAAGGUUCUGCAUCUGAGCUUCUUGGCUCGGAUCUCAGUAUCAAGAUCGCUAUUGCGGUAUUCCAGGCUUGUAUCCGUACGCUGAAUGAGCAGAGUGAAGAUGGAUCGUGGGAUGACUCCCCGGAGCAGACAGCGUAUGCUAUUCUAACUCUGGUCGAAGCUCGCAAGUUGUGCUUCUUUGCAGAUCUUGUCCCAAGUUUACAGAGCGCCAUCGAUUCAGGGGUCGCCUAUCUCGAAUCGGGUACCACUGGAGCAAAUGGACGWUACUGGACUUCCAAGACUCGGUACUGUGUGAGAUUUGUCAUGGAAGCCUACAUCCUGUCCGCUCGGCAUGCAGCCCCUGUUACAAGGGAUACAGGCAACAUCGGAUACUCACUUGGCUUUGAAGAGAGCGUUAUGAAGACGAGACCCUUCCUCCCCCUACUGAAGCUGACCAAGACUUUCUCCACCCUAUCGGAUCAGGACCUUCAAGCGUCUCUAGCAGAAGCAGCUCUAUUUUUACCCCUGCUACGUAACCGCAGGUUGGAAGUCUUUCCACGGGAUGAUCUGAAAGUCAGCAAAGACGCUUAUUUCGACAUGUUGCCAUUUCUGUGGGUCGGCUGUAGUAAUCGAGCGAGGAACUUUGUCCCAACCACAUUCAUUUUCGACAUGCUAUUCAUGACCUUGAUCAAUAUUCAAGUGGAUGAGUUCAUGGAGGACAUCGCCACGCAGGCGUUUGAGCAAAAUCCCGCUGGGUUGCACAGUUUGAUUGAUGAGGCGACUGAAGAAGCGUGGGCUAGAGUGGACUCUCCUGUCGCUUCAGAUGAGACUGUGGCCUUCACCAAGAUCGAUCCCAAAUUUCGGCAUAUGAAGGUGUACCAACCACUUUUGCGAUUCUCAGAUUACAUCCUCAACCAUGGCCCGAUUGUUCACGCAAGUCCUGCAGAUCGCAAGGCUCUCAAACACGAAUUUCGCCAAUUUCUCCACACCCAAACGACCCAGAUGGAGGAUAACACCAUGUUUCGUGCUCAAUCAGUCGGCAAAGGCCAAGUCUUCACAACCGACAUGACAUACUUCAACUGGGUACGAACAACAGCCUCCGACCACGUCUCAACUCCAUUGAACUUCGCCUGGGUGUGUUGCUGGAGCUCCGGGACGCUGCACAACGGCAACGAAGUCUUUUCGAAUCCCGCCGAGAAAUAUCUGGCAUCUGCCCUUUCGCGCCACCUGGCAGCGACGAAUCGCAUGUUCAACGAUCUCAGCUCGAUUGCGCGGGAUACCCUCGAGUGCAAUUUAAAUUCCGUGCACUUUCCGGAAUUCAACAGUACGCCUGCGUUGAAGGAGAUCGAGAUGCAGAAGUCUGCGUUGAGAAUUUUGGCCGAGUAUGAACAUGGCUGUGUUGAGCAUACCAUGGAGUGUUUGCGUCGGGAGGUCAAGCGAGCACAUCCUCAUCAGCCAGAGGGCUUGGCGGAGAAGUCCAAGUUGGGUCCUCUCAGGCUACUUUGCGAUGUGUCGCACCUGUGGGAUCAAUUGUAUUUGAUUCGGGAUCAUUCGAGUACCAUGAAAGGUGAUCGUUCGUCCACAUAG